UCUCCUAAACUCACUGGGAUGAUCAAGUAUUCAAGCUGGAUCUGCUUGUGGGCUGUCCCAGCAGCAGCACUAGCCUACAGCAGCGGCUCAGGAAGUGAGAAAUCUGAGAACUUCUUCUGCUGUCGUUUUCAAAGCUGGGGAACUAGAGCAAGUACAGGACUUGGAAACAAGUUUGACUUCGGAAAAACUUAUACACCGACACACGCCCAGUCAGCGGAGACACAGAGGCGGCACGAGGGGAGAGGAAGAAGAAGAAGAAGAAGAAUAUGGAAGCACUGCGAGUUGUACUGCAGAAGUACCCCACCCUGUCUGUGCUUGGGUUUGCUGUAGCUUUCAGGCUGGUGCACAGGUUGCUUAGGGACUUGCCUAUUCCAAGGCAUGUAGAACAAGACAAAGUGAAAGCCUGGAGAUGGAGGAACCUGACUGUGUCUCUGGUGCAUUCCUUACUGACCGGACCCUGGGCUUUGCUAUGCGUCUUUUCAUCUCCAGAGAUGAUAUCUCAGAUCUACUCGUCCUACACCACAGUGGACUACCUGCUGGUGUGCAUCUCGUCAGGGUAUUUCGUCCAGGAUGCAGCUGACAUCAUCCUCAGCGGCCAGUCGAAGGCAUCUUGGGAGUUCUUGGUGCAUCACGUUAUGGUGCUCCUGUGCUUCAUGUACGCAAUCUACUCUCACCACUACGUGGGCGGCACGGUCAUCGCCCUGCUGGUGGAGGUGAACAGCGUCUUCCUGCACACGCGGCUGCUGCUCAAGCUGGCCAGCGCCCAGGACUCGGGGCUCUACCGCGUCAACAAGUACUUCAACCUGGUCACCUACGUCACGUUCCGCCUCAGCACGCAGUUCUACCUCACGUGGUACAUCGUGCAGCACUUCCACGCCCUGGACCACGCCGGCUUCUUCCUCUUUGCCAUGGUGUUCAUGGACGGCAUGAUCCUCGUUUACUUCCAGCGCCUCGUCCACACCGACUUCCUGCGUCCCCAGAGACGCGCCGCGCACUGCAAGGACAGCGCAGCCAUCAACAACGGCGCCAAGUUCGUGUACGACUGAAGAACUCCCCUUGACCUCAGGAAUACCCCAGACCUGCAAUAUCUGUGCCCUAUGCCUGACGCAUCGGCUAAGGUUGUGUUUCCAGCAGUACACUACGCUCUGGUGCCUUUUUAAAGGACGCUAACCACUGUAGCAAAUGAACACCCCCAUUGACCUGCAAAAUACCCGUUUCUGAUGCCAUUCCCAGGACCAAGUGUUACCAGCACUGAAGACACGUCACAUUAUUUCAAGUAGCUUUAGUCUAGAUAGAAAAAGACUAAACUAUACAGUAUUGCCAUUUAAAACAGUAGAGUGAAAGUAAGUUACAAAGCACACAGGACAACAGAUGCAUGGAAUAGUACAGGGGUGGCAAUAAGACUCCCAUUGCACAGCUGUUUGAUCCACUUCUGGUUUUACUAGGAGUUUAGUAAGACACACUGAGG